GCUGGCAGGGGCAGCUCGAACAGUCCUGAUCAGACUUCAGAAACGGACUCCAACCUAAAAAAUCAGUUGUAGCUCCGCCAGGACUCCAUCUGUAGCUGGAGUAGAACGGAUUGGAGGCCUUUAUGAACACUCACCACUUUUGCCUUCCUUAGUAAACUUGAGGGUGGUACAGCAAUGGAGUCAAGUGCGCCGAUUGUGCGGCCGCUGUAUCGCUCUUUGUUGAUUGCGGCUCGGAAUCUUGCCAAGCAGAUUGAGCGACAUGGUGGGGUUUGGAGUCAAAUACUUCCGCAGACAGAGAUUCUCUGGUGCGCCGAGCAAUUGUCUUCAAUCGCCCUGGCCGCGGAAAGGGGGCCAGAGGAUCUCAAGCAAGUUGUGCGGGAGGAGUUCCGGAGAACGAUGAAGGACCAAGAUCUUGACGACCGGAUAAGCACGGGGUUCCGGUUCCUUUCACGGCUGGGCCGGCAGGCACGGCUCCUGGAACAGCUAACGGUGCUGCCGCGAAGCGAAGCAGUGACGGACUGCGUGCGGGUUUCCAUGUACAGCACUUUCAUUGCGCAGCAGCAGAUGCACCGGAUCCAGCAGCACAUCUACCAGUACCACGUGACGAUUACGAACGAGGGCAAGGAGCCAGUCACUCUGCUCAGUCGCACCUUCAAAAUCUUAGAUUCCGAGGGGAACUUGCAAGAGGUACACGGUCCAGGCGUGCUUGGGCAACAGCCAAACAUUCCGCCGGGGGAGUCGCACUCGUAUGCUAGCACGGCUGCAAUCCAAGCGAAGGGCAUGGGUCAAAUGAGCGGCUUCUACUCAAUGGUGACAGACAGCGGUCAUUUGUUGGACGUCGAAAUAGCGCCAUUUGCAUUCAGGCCGUUCCAGCCGGUUUCGGCCUCGACUUUCUUCUCGAUGCUGGAAUCCGGAAACUCCGCGGUCCGACGUUUUGAUAGUAUCAGAAUCGGUGCACCAUCAGUUGAUCGAAAGUGACACGUGACACGUGAUAUUUGAUUGGAAGAGUACAUGAAAGGUAAAGGUCAGGUUUUGUACUUACCAGGUGGUUGAAUUGUAAACUUUUCAGAAAGGUCGCCAUGUGGCCGUUUGCUCGCAUUGUGGCUCAAUCAAGAGGAAAGGGUUUUAACGUUUUUGGCGGAGAAAGAACAGGGCAUACCGAAUCGUUUGAGCGUGGUCUGCUUUCAAGUUAAAUGUACAAUAGAAUGUUGAUUAGGCAAUAGCAACUUCCAGCUCCUUGAGGUUUGAGCGCUGGUGCAUCCAGUUUCUGUCCAUGUGCAUCCGGACGCAUACAAUGAUGAC